AUGUCUAUCAUUUUUCUGAUGACUCUUGGAAGUGCCUAUUAUCAAGAGCAGUUUCCACUUGCAAAUGUGAUUACUGGCACCUCCACGAAAUUAAAAAAUCCGGCUCCAAGCGUGACGAUGACAUUCAAUGGAAGGAAAUUGAUAUACCCAGCAAUCGAUGAAACACCGAAUACCGACGAUCCGAUAGUCAAACGAUGGGUGAAAACAUUGGAUUUUAGUAAGGUUCCUAACCUGCCUCCAUCCAAUGGUGGUCAAAUAAACUAUGAUCAGCCUAAUUGUAAAGCCGAAACUUCCAUGAAACCGAAUCAAGGAAGUUGGACCUGUCAAAAGUACACUGCUCCCGAUGACAUCGUCACCUGCCCAAAGAAAGGUGAUUGGGGUUUGACUUAUGAUGACGGCCCAUCGAAAUCGACACCUAAAUUAUUGGACUUUUUACUCCAAAGAAAUUUAAAAGCCACAUUUUUUGUUACCGGAAGUCGCGUCAUUUCGAACCCCCUAACUCUCAAAGCUGCCUAUGAUAGCGGUCAUCACAUCGCGGUGCACACAUGGUCUCAUCCUGCGCUCACUUCCCUUUCAAAUGAGUCAAUCGUCGCGGAAUUGAGAUGGACGAUCAAGGCUAUUCACGAUAUUACAAAUGCAACACCAAACUACUUUCGUCCUCCAUACGGAGACACCGAUAACAGAGUUCGCGCAAUCUCCAAAGCCGUCGGUCUAGUUACCACCCUAUGGCUUCCAGAGUUCGAUAGUAAUGACUGGUCAUUGAUAUCAGAUCUCUCAAAACCCGUUGACGCGGUUGUACAAACUUUUGAUUCGUGGAUGGCAAGGUUUCCCAAAAUGUCAACCGGAUUGAUUGUUCUCCAACAUGAUCUCCACCCUCGAACAGUUGGUGCCGCCCUGUCGAUUUUAGAUAAGGCGGCAAAUGUGCGUGGAUUAAACAUCACUACUGUAUCAAAAUGCAUAGGAGAUAUCAAACCAUACGCGGAACUCGGCAUUAAUACCAGAUCUGGUCAUAAUUUAACCGAUGCCGUGAUCUCAAAGGAUUUAAGUAAUGGUGGUUAUUCGGUGGUGCCCAAAUAUUGCUCUUUAUUAAUGGCUCGGAAAAAUCGGCUACACUUGAGUACGUAUGAGAUCGAAGCCUUUAAUCCACAUGGGAAAAUGAACGUUCCUUCCAGAAACAGAACAGGUGUUCCUUAUGUCAUUUUGCCAUAG